AUGCCUCGUUCUAAGCGUGCCCGCGUCGUCCACGAGACCAAGACCGCCAAAAAGUCCCACAAGGAACAGACCAGACGCCUUUACGCCAACAUCCGUGAAUGUGUCGAGGAAUACAACCAUCUUUUCGUCUUCGGAGUUGAUAACAUGCGCAAUACCUACCUGAAGGAUGUGCGCACUGAGUUCGCCGAUAGCCGUCUCUUCUUCGGCAAGACCAAAGUCAUGGCCGUGGCACUGGGCCACAACCCCGAAUCCGAAGCAGCCACCAACCUGCACAAGCUCGUCCCCUAUCUGACCGGUGCCGUCGGUCUACUCUUCACCUCUCGCGACCCCGAGUCCGUCACCAACUACUUCGACUCCUUCCGUCCCCUGGACUUUGCCCGUGCCGGAACCGUCAGCACCCGGUCUUUCAGCAUCCCCAACGGCCUCGUGUACUCUCGGGCCGGCGAGAUCCCCGCCUCGGAGGACGAGCCCGUCAGCCACACGAUCGAGCCCGAGCUGCGCAAGCUGGGCAUUCCCACCCGUCUCAUCAAGGGCAAGGUUAUGCUCGAGUUGACCGGUGGCCAGGAUGCAUUCCCCGUUUGCCAGGAGGGAGAGGUUCUCGACUCGCGGCAGACGACGCUGCUCAAGAUGUUCGGUGUUGCCACUUCCGAGUUCCAUGUUGCGCUCAAGGCUCGCUGGACUCGGGAAAGUGGAGAGGUGAAGAUUUUGGAGAAGGACCAAAGUGGUAUGGAGAUUGAGCAGUGA